AUUUGAUCUUUUCUGAUACUCGCAUCGUAUCGCCACCCACAAAAAAGGCCAUAUUUUCGCUUGUGCAGGAAAACCCUAGCUUUCCUCUUCCUCCUCAUCGUCUUCCUGAUAUCUUUGUUCAAUCUCGAUCUCUCUCUUCUUCCUCAAUCCUCAAAACAUGUCAGACCCUCUCAGUAUGUCUCUCGACGACAUCAUAAAGAACAACAAGAAGUCCGGAUCCGGCGGCAAUAAUAGAGGCCGCGGCAGACCCUCCGGACCCGGUCCGGCCCGCCGCGGACCCAGCCGCGCUGCCAAUCGUGUGACUCCGUAUGCAACUGCAAAGGCACCGGAGACCCUAUGGCAGCACGAUAUGUAUUUGGAUCAGGGGUCGGCUUUCACUGCACAAGCUGGACGAGCCUCCGCCAUUGAAACCGGGACGAAGCUCUAUAUAUCUAACCUCGAUUACGGCGUUUCAAACGAGGAUAUUAAGGAAUUGUUUUCUGAAGUUGGUGACCUGAAGCGUUAUGCAAUUCAUUACGACCGUAGUGGGAGAUCGAAGGGAACGGCGGAGGUAGUCUUCUCGCGACGAGGAGAUGCUGUGGCAGCAGUCAAGAGAUACAACAACGUUCAGCUUGAUGGGAAGCCGAUGAAGAUAGAGAUUGUGGGAACAAACAUUGCGACCCCUGCUGUGGCUCCUCAAGUUGCUAAUGGCUCUUUUGGAAAUUCAAAUGGAUUUUCAAGGGGUGGACAGGGUAGGGGUGGUGCAUUUGGACGGACACGUGGUGGCAACAGUGGUGGUCGUGGUCGUGGGAGGGGCCGUGGACGGGGAAGAGGCGGCGGCCGUGGUGAGAAGGUGUCUGCUGACGAUCUUGACGCUGAUUUGGAGAAAUAUCAUGCUGAAGCGAUGCAAGAAAAUUGAGAGCUCUUGUAUUUUAUUGAUUGGCUUUUUAUGCUCAUUAGUACUUCAUGAUUUGAGGACCCCAUCUAUGUAUCUCUACCAAAAAAUCCUGCUCUUAAGAUGAAAAAAGGAGAAAUUACAUGUAGGAACAACUGUUAGAAUCCUGUUUUAUGAAGUUUGGGUAUUUGUUGUGGAUUGUUCCUUUUACUUGGGUAUGAAAUAUGUGGGUUACUGGACUGCUGUCAGUAUGUAAUCUGCAGUCACUUUUGGUUU